GUGAAAGUUUGAUCCCGGUACUAACUAUCAUCCAAGACCCGGACAAUUCUCAGAGAAAUGCAUCUUGAUCUCAAAAAGCAAUAACAGUAUGUCCUCUCCCCCGACCAGCGACGAGCUCAUCCUCAGCUCGCAAUCACACCCACUUAAGCACUCGUGGGUAAAGGAGUUUCGAGUACUCUACACCACCGACGUGAAGCAAAAGUUGAAGAAAUGGCACGACGGGACGUUGCGAUUCUUUGACCUAAACAAAAAAGUACAGGUUUUAAGCGAAAGUGGUGUGGUUAUCAAAACCGAUUUCUUAAAGGACGCUGGGGUCUUGGACGCUGGCGAGGACUUUUCCAUAUCCGGCGGACUUAUGGUAAACGUGGAAGAACUUACAAGCGAAUAUGAGCGUGACAUCUCCAAUCUCUACAAGAAAUCCGAUAAACGGUAUACGCAGCUUCCGUCCCAGGUUAAAUCAGCACAGGUGCUGUUACCCAGUACUGGCCCUGCCGUUAAGAGGAUAAAGUACUCCAAUACGUCUCAGCUUAAGAUUAGUCCCCACGUUAUCCCUUUAUCGCAAACACUGCCUACUACUCAGAGACAGAGACACAUAGGAUUGAGGAAGAGGAAAGUACCGGCGCUUGUACAAACGCCCGCGAUCCCCGCAGUAGCCCUGGCGGUACUUACCACGCCUCUUAAAAAACACACGGAGAAACAUCAUAUAGCUGUUGAUGCGUUGGUUAACCUUACUGGUGACGCCACAGAGGUACUGAGACCCAAAAAGAGUGUCUCGGCGAGGUUAGUAAACCAUGACCUACACAAUGGUGCGCCCACGUUUACCAAAAUUGACCAUUCUGGCAUAGAAACUAAGAAGCCUUAUACCAAGUACACUCGACCAAAUACCCAAACAUUAUGCAUUCGGAUCCCGCCUCGUUCCAAUAAUCUCUAUGCGCGGUUUCCCGUAAAAAUUGAUGACCCCAACACCCAGAACUCUUCCCUAGAACACGACAAGGCGACAGGCGAAGGGAAUCAGCGCACAAAGGCCAUGCGUUUUACUCCCGACGAACCGGUACCGAAGAAGAUACCGUCAAAAAAGAGACCUAAGGGUAUUUUAGAAACUGAGGAGAACGAUACCCAACUGCAGCCACUUCUAAGACCCGCCCCAGAGAGAGAUGACAUCGAGAGUGAUAACUUGAAACUCUUAAAGAGCCGGGGAACCACUUCUGCUGCCCUCGAGACUGGUGAUCUUGUUUUUGUCCCCAAGUUUUCCCAGUCUACCGCUCAAGUUAAAGUAUCGUCUAAGAAGCCCAGGAAAGGAAAAACACUUGAGCUCGAGCCUCAGCACCGUUUAGAGUGCUUAUCAGACAUGGAAGAAGAUGAGAAGUUUGACCAGGAGCUCGAAAGGCUACAGGGUAGUUUUGUAUGCUACAGCAGUGACAACGGACUUGAUCCAGAGUUUGGCGAACCGGAGCGAUUCAACGUAGUAAUCCCCAAGUACUUCUCUAGGGCUGCUCAAGACAAGGGGGAAGGUCCCAAACUCCUGGUCCCAAAAGUUACUGGCCGGAUGAAGGCUCUUCCUGAUCCGAUUCCCUUAUUUGUUCCUGAAGACGACGAUAGUAUAGACAAGGUAACAGCUCCGACCCAAACAAAUAGUACCCCUCUGUAUAGAAUUCUGGGUAUUCCGUCUCUACCACUGGAUAAGGAUAACCACUCGUCUCCAAAAGCUGCAUUCUCAAAGUUGCCUCCCUCGAAGUUUUUUUCCCGAAAGCUUUUCCCGCCUGUCCCUGUAAAAACAGGGAUCGAAGAUAUCUCUCUUGAUUUGUUGAUCAAGGACUUGUCUUCAACAUUCGGAGAUAUAGAAACCGAACCUGCUCAUAUCUCUCCCCAAGUGUUGCAAUCCCCGAGAGUGGAAAAUACAACCUCUCUUUUAGGACCUAAAAAGCGUGGCGUACCGAUCUCUGAAACUAUAAAGAGAAUUCUCCCACGUCCCAGUACCCAUCCUCCUCUACAUGGCAGAAUUGUCUCGAAGUUGGACGCGCCUUUCAAAGCACACAAAAGUGUUGUCGUCAACCCCCUGGAAGAAGAAGAAGUAGUUGAGUAUUCUGAUAAUGACAUAGCCUGCCAGAGCCAGAACUCCCCUACCAAGCCAGAUUCACGCUUCACCCAGACCCGAACCUUUGAUUACGGUAAUGGCCGAAAGGUUGACCUAGCUCUUUCACGUAAAUUGAUUCAACGCGAAGAGCCUGACAGCGAUAUGUGAUGGGGCUUAUAAGUGCACCCAAUUUACGUUGGGGGUUUCCCGGAAUAGGUCGAAUUAAAUGCGGCUAGCUGUAUACGAGAUUAAAGAAGAAACCGUUAAAUUCAGUUUGAUUCUAAA